UCAAAUGGUGAUGUUUUGCCUCUGCGUAAAAGUGCGUAAAAUGUGUUUGUCCUUAUGCAAGUGUGCGGUGUCUUGAUUAAUUCGUGAAAACUAACUGAUGGUGCUUAAUUUUAAUAGUUUUGUACAAAAUGUACCGCAUACUGAACCCUGGCAAUGUUUCCCUUCAAAAUUUCAAAUUACUUCGAGUCCGAAAAUGUAUUUCAAAAGAAUAUCAUUUAGUGCUUACCACACGCCCCAUCUCGAAUUAUGACCUGAUUUCCAGAAUAAAUUGUGUGAAAGAUAUUGGAUGUUCAAUCCGAUGCAGUUCAACGACGACAAAUCCAGAUUCCAUAAAACAAACUAAGCGGAAACCACGGAGUUCCAAUUACGCGAAAUAUAUUGAACUAUUGCAAGUAAGCCCGAACGCUACAAAACAAAUCCGAACCAAAGUGAAAAACCUGAAAUCAAAAAAAUUAACUGAUUUCGUCAGUAAGCCUACAUCGCUCUUUGGUGUUGAAUCGUCAGCUGUUCAAACGAGUCAAUUUUCAACCCAAAAAACUCACAAUCAACAACCAGUUGAAUAUCAGAAAAUUGAUUUGGAAAUAAUUCAAGAUGCUGACAUGCACUUGGGCAUGUACGAACAAAAACCUUUGAUCUUCAUUGGCAAGUCGGCCAGCAAAACUAUUGAUAUUAUUGAAAAGCCAGAAAAAGUGCAAAAUAUCAUCGAAAGUUUCCAACAGUUUCGAGAAAUUAUUGAAACUAUAGAAAUCGGCGCCGAAGAAGAACGCGCGGAGAGCAGAACCACUGCUGCUUUGCUUGGGGAGGUACCAAAAACUUUAGAAGAAGAUUUAGAAGUGGCAGAAAAUGAUGUUCUGGAAGAGCUUCAAAUAGCGCCUGAGCCGAUAACCAAGGCAAAGGGCAAGGUUAAAACAAAGGAGCACAAGUUUAAAUCAAAAAUUCACCAAUCCAUCGAACAACAGAAUUUAGCCAAACAAAAAGCCAUUGUUUUGAAUCUUACUACGUAUCUCAAUAUAUGUGUAUCGAAUAAUAUGCUGAGCAGAGGCCUUACAACACUUUUGAGCUAUAGGGAAAAAUACAAAAGGCUCGGAUCUUCAAAUAAUACUUUGAGCGUAGACUUAUACAACAUACUUCUACAUGGCUACGCCGGAAAGGCGAAUUUCGAUAAGAUAAAAGAAAUAUGUGCAAUAUUAAAUGAAGACAGAACCAAUUAUAAUCCACAAACCUUCGCAGCUAUAUUUGAGUGCUUAGGACGAUUGGAGCCAACAGAACACAACAGAAAACUUUUGGAAAAAUUUCGACAUAAAGCUGAAAAUAUGGGUAUUUCUUUGAAUAUGAUAAUGGACAGGAGCAAGUUCGUUUCUGACCAGCGAGAAAUCGUACUUGAUGCAAUACAGUCUAUCGAGCCAAACUUCAAACCUCAGUAUACGCCUCCAGAAGUCGCCUACUCGAAUCCUUUGUUGGAUAAGUUGAAUGAGAAUAUUAGAGACUUUUCUACUUCCAAUAAUGAUCAACCGGUUGAUAAUGCCAUUAUGAACUCCAAGAAGGGCUUUACGGCAGAUGAGUUGCGUGAAUUAGCUAGGGAGCAGCUAGAAAUUGAGCUAGAAGGUUCGAUAACAAUAAAAAGUAUCGAAAAAGGGAAAGAAUUCGGUGACAUCAAACUAUAUCGGAAACGGUUAGAUGAUCUUAUGAAUACUUGGAGAUCACAGGUGAUUGCAGCGGUCGCCCGAGAUUUGAACACCCUUCGAGCCCAAGCACGAUAUAAGUCUAACAGCCAUAUGACAUAUUAUAAUUAUCUGAAGUGCCUGGAUGCAAACCAAUACGCCGAUAUCAUUUUGAAGGAAAUUCGGAAUUUAGCAGAAGGGUCAGAAACUUACAGUCCUACUGUUGGCCAAUUACAUCGAGAGUUGGGGAGACGGGUGCACGCUAAAUACCAAAUUGAACUGAAAAAGCGUAAUGGAAUCUUGCAAAAAAUGGGCGAAGUUUAUUCGGAAUUUUGUGAGCAAUUAGAACAGUCCAAUACGAGCGACAAUCCUCGCCAAAUGUGGCAAAGAAUUGUUUAUAAUGGACGCGAAUCAGGACCCAGCAUGGAUAUUUGUGAAAUGACUUGGCCUUCAAAUGUUAUGAGUGGUGUGGGACGAUUUUUAUAUAAUGUGCUAAUGCGUGAUAUAAAAAUUGAUGUGAACAUCAUGCGUAAUAAUAGCAAAACACAAAAUUUCUUACCCGCGUUUUAUACAUUGUUCCGAAAUCAAGGACGGCUAGUAAAGGAAGAAGUUAAACCCCAUCCAGUUCUGGCUAGACUUCUUCGUGCAUCACAGCAACAAACAUUGACGUUUGAUACGAAUUUAGUCCCCAUGCUUUGCCCGCCGCAGCCAUGGAGUACACCACACAAUGGCGGUUAUUUGUUAAUAAAGUCCGACCUUAUUCGUUUACCUCACCAGGCUGUGCAACAAUGGGCCCGAAUCGAUGCAAGCAAUCCUCAAAAUUUGUACCCUGCUCUUGAUUCCCUAAACCAACUUGGGAGUAUACCAUGGACUGUGAAUAGAGACGUUCUUGAUAUUGCUUUAGAAGUAUUUCAAAAUGGUGGCGAUGAAAAACUUGAUGUACCACAGCCUCCGUCAUCGUUGCCAGCACUUCCUACAACGCCCUCCUUUGAUAAAUCCUUAACUAGUAAAGAACGAUAUCAACUAUUUCGUCAAAAGCUAAUCCAUCGCAGACGGAAAGCUGAAAUGUACAGUUUAUGGUGUGAUGCACUCUACAGGUUAUCAUUGGCAAAUCACUUUCGUGACAAAAUAUUCUGGUUACCACAUAACAUGGAUUUUCGUGGUCGUGUCUACCCUCUACCCCCACAUCUCAAUCAUCUCGGAUCAGAUUUAGCACGAUCCUUAUUGGUAUUUCAUCAAGCUCAGCCGCUUGGAAAAGAUGGAUUUAGUUGGCUAAAGCUUCACUGUAUAAAUCUAACUGGCACCAAAAAACGCGACUCAGUACGGGAGCGGUUACUUUACGCAGAAUCUAUAAUGGAUGAUAUAAUUGACUCAGCAGAUAAUCCACUUACAGGCCGGCGUUGGUGGACUAAAUCAGACGAGCCAUGGCAAACUUUGGCAUGCUGUAUUGAAAUUGCAAAAGUAACGAGGUGUGAAGAUCCUGAAAAGUUCAUGAGUCAAUUCCCAAUCCACCAGGAUGGUUCAUGUAAUGGACUUCAACAUUACGCAGCGUUAGGUCGUGAUAAAGCUGGAGCUAUAAGUGUAAAUUUGGCACCAUGUGAUGCCCCUCAAGAUGUUUACAGUUCGGUUGCUGCACUUGUGGAAAAAUGCCGACAAAAUGAUGCCGCGAAUGGCCUACAUGUUGCACAAAUCCUCGAAGGAUACGUCCGACGUAAGGUCAUUAAACAAACUGUGAUGACAACUGUUUACGGUGUAACUCGAUAUGGCGCCCGCCUUCAAAUCGCUAGACAGUUAAAAGACAUUGAUGAAUUCCCAAAAGAGUGGGUUUGGCCAGCUUCUACAUAUCUUACAACAAAAACAUUUGAAAGCUUGCGCGAAAUGUUCACAUCCACAAAAGAAAUACAAGACUGGUUUACGGAAUGUGCGCGACUCAUUUCUGGAGUUUGCGCUCAAAAUGUUGAAUGGGUAACACCAUUAGGCUUACCAAUAGUACAACCAUAUAACAGGAUAGAUUGCAAAUCAAAUCCUAAGAAUUCGCAAAAAGUUUCCGAAAAGAUGCACAUGGAUAUGUAUGAAAAACCAAAUAUAAUGAAACAAAAGAACGCUUUCCCGCCAAAUUUCAUCCACUCGCUGGACUCGAGUCAUAUGAUGCUAACUUCGUUAUAUUGUGAACGCAAGGGUCUCACAUUUGUAUCCGUUCACGAUUGUUUCUGGACACAUGCAUGCACCGUGCCAGACAUGAACAAGAUAUGCCGUGAACAAUUCGUAGCUUUACAUUCACAACCAAUUUUGGAAAAUCUAUCAAAGUUCCUCGCUGAAAAAUAUAGUUUCAGUGAAAGUGAUUUCACACACGAUGGAUCAGUUUCAGACUUAACUCGACGAAAACUGAAUAAUAUUUUAUUAAAAGUUCCCGAUAAAGGUGAUUUCGAUCUGACCAAUGUUUUGAAUUCCGUUUAUUUCUUCAGUUAAAAAUUGUUACAUUCAAAAUGUACAUAUGUCACAUCUAAGUCAUAGUCCUGUUAAGUUUAUAACUACGAAUUAAAAGAAAAAUGAGAUUUGUA